AUGUCUCCCGUUCCCGGAGUGUCCCCUCCCAAGUCGACGAAGCUGAUUGCCCUCAUGGGCGCCACCGGGUCGGGCAAGUCAUCCAUGAUCAACGCGAUUGUCGGUAAGGACGUGGCCGAAGUCGGGCACUCGCUCGAGUCCGCCACCGCAGAGGUGCAACAAUACACCUUUUCAUACAGGGGGGCGGAGAUUCGCAUCAUCGACACGCCUGGGUUCAACGACUUCAGGGAAGAGGGCUCCCUAUCUGACCUCGACAUCCUCAACAUGAUCGCAGCUUUCAUGCAUAAAGAGUACGAAGACGACUUCAAGUUCUCUGGUAUCAUCUAUCUCCACAACAUCUCCGCGCCGAAGGUAGAUCGCAUGGGAAUACGAAACAUGAACGUCUUUAAGGGGCUCUGUGGAGCCGACUUUAUGAAGAACGUCGUCAUUGCAACUACCUGUUGGGACCUCGUCGAGAAGGGGGAAGGUGAAGACAACGAAACCGAGCUCCAGGAAGGAGAAGGACUCUUGAAGGAUUUUCUCGACGGUGGUGCUACAUUCGUUCGAACCGGCCAUUUCGAGUCGGGUGCACUUCCAGAUGGCGGAUCCUUCUUCACCCCCCACCAAGUCCUCGACCACGUCCUCAGCCUCGAUCCCAGCUUCGUUCAGAUGCAGGAGGAGAUGGCUCACGUCCCAUGCGUUGCAGAGACGACGGCAGGUGGGGAACUCAAGGAGGAGUAUCUCCAGAUUAUCAAUCAGCUCCGUGCCGAAAUCACCAUGCUGAAGAGUGCGACGGAUGAGGAGAGGUCGCACCUACAAGUUCAGUCGGAUGCACUCAAGAACCAACUUGAGACUUGGGAGAAGCGCAGUCAAGAGCUGAAGGAGACCAUGGAGCUGUAUGGUGUUCGUAAAGACCAGGUGACUAUGAAAGCAGAGUUUGAGGAAUGCCAACGACGUCACAGCCAGAAUUUCGACAACCUCCACCAACAUGUCUCCGAACUCCGACGAGCCAGCUUAGACUUUUCUCAGAGGCAGAGCUGGCUGGAAGAGCGCAAUACUGAGCUCUCUGCUUCUCUCGAGCGGGCACAGCGCGAGCGUGACACUCUCACCGAAGAUUGUCGUGACCUCCGUACCAAGAACGAAAGCCUUGUCGAACGACUUGUGUCGCUCGCGCUCACGCCCGAAGCCGACUCUGGGCAGAAACAACUAGAGACUGGGAAUGUUCAGAUAACGAAACGCAUGGAGCGAUUGGCGGCGGAGUCUACUCAAGCGCGCGAGGAGGCGAAGGUUGCUCAACAGCGAUCCAAGGACCUGGAACGCGAGUUGAAGGAAUUGAGGAGUCUGCUGGACGCCGCCAAUGCGAAGAACAUCGUGACUUCCAAUGAACUUGAAGCUGCGCAGCGACAACUACAGACUCUCCGAGGCGAUCGGAACCGUCUCGUCGAAGAGCUCGCCGCUGCCCGUGCCACAAACACGGCCUCCGAGAGCGAGAUCGCCAGACUCCGCGAGGAUAACAACGCCCAGUCACAUCAGAUUUGGGAACACGAAGCGACGAUUCGUGAACUGCGUGUCGCAUUGAACCGGGCGGGUGCCACCACUGUCCUCUUUCCUGCGAUCCAUGAAGAACCACAAACGUUUUCUGGUAAUGGGCUCGCCAUUCCCCCGACCAACCCUCCACCUCGACCCCAAGGUCAACCCCCACCUCUUCCUCGCCGACCCGUACCCAAACAAGAAAACGCAUACCCCCCUUUCGUCUCUCCGCAAACCCGUCAACGGUUCACUUCGAUGGGAAGCGGUGCGCGUGCUCGGUCGUGUACGCCACCUUUGAGGCGUGCUGCCAUGCCGGAGCCUAUGCACUUUACGGGUGGUCCCAACCCACCCGCCAUCGGCAUGAAUGAUGCAGGGUACCCGACCGCAUCGAUGAACAAUCACAACGCUGGUUCACAGAACCAUCACAACCGUCAGCCUGGUCCUUAUUAUCACAACUAA